GUGUGUGUGUGUGUGUGUGUGUGUGUGUGUGUAUGACCCAUAAUGCACCACCAGUGAUAAUGUGACAUUGUUAGGGCCACAUUGUUGUGCCACUGCACAUUUUAGGUUUGUUUUGCUCUCUCUGCGCUGGCAUUGACGGUGUUGUCUCUGAAUGGUGAACCUGUAGGUCUGGUUCUUCUGCCCUGCACCGAGGGCAGGGCAGCUGUUUUAUGAGGUUAGAGAUGAGCCUUAUAUAACUACCAAUGUAAACUCAAAAUUAACUUUAUUAAGGGAGGAGCCAGGUGUUAGGGGAGGAGAGGAGAGGACGUCAUGUUGAAGAAACGCACUUAAGGUUAGUAGUAACCAAAAUCACCCGACGGUGUAUCAGUUCAUUCUUUCAGGAGAUAAAUAAAACGCAUUUUGGAAAAAAUAGUCUUACAGAAAGAAACCACAACAAGGUGAGUAUAACAGCACAACUUUAAGAGAAGUUUAAAAUUUCUUUCCUUUAUGGAAAAAUAUAGGAAUCAAGUAAAAUCAUCAAUACAUAAACCUUGUUGUCUGUGUCUAGGAUGGCCUCGGCUAAGACUUCCUGGUCUGAAGAGAACUUUUCAUGUUCCAUUUGUCUGGAUGUGUUCAACAGUCCAGUUUCCACACCAUGUGGACACAACUUCUGCAGAACCUGUCUUACUAAGUUCUGGGAUGAACAAGUCAAGUACAAAUGUCCUGUUUGCAACAAGAUUUUUGCCACAAGACCUGAUCUACAUGUCAAUACCCUGGUAUCAGAGAUGGCUGCUCAGUUUAGAAUGACUUUACUAGUAAAAGAGCAGCCUUGUGUUGAACCAGCAGAAGUUCCCUGUGACGUCUGUACUGAGAUCCGGCUGAAAUCUGUGAAGACCUGCCUGGUGUGUUUUAUGUCUUUCUGCCAAACCCACCUGGAGCCACAUCAGAGAGUCACAGUCCUAAAGAACCAUCGGCUGGUUGAGCCUAUGGACCGUCUGGAAGACAGGAUGUGUAAGAAACACAACCGACUUCUGGAGCUCUUCUGCAAGACUGAACAGGAGUGUGUGUGUCCGUCCUGCACAGAGGGUGACCACAGGUCCCAUCCUGUUGUACCUCUAAAGGAGGAAUAUCAAGUGAAGUUGGCCCAGAUCGGGAAGAUAGAGGCUGACGUUUCGCAGAUGAUCCAGGAGAGAGAAGUAAAGAUUAAGGAGAUCAGGGACACAGUAAAACGCAACAAGGCAGACGCAGACAGAGAGAUAGCUGAUGGUGUGCAGAUCCUCACUGCUCUGAUGCACUGUAUUGAAAAGUGCCAGGAUGAUCUCAACCAAAUGGUUAAAGAGAGACUAAAAACCACAAAGAAACAAGCUGAAGACCUCAUCAAAGAGCUGGAGAAGGAAAUAGAAGACCUGACCAAAAGAAGGUCAGAGGUGAAGCCACUCUCACACACUGAAGACCAACUCCACUUCCUCCAGGCCUUCAGAUCCCUGAAGGAUCCUCCACCCACCAGGGACUGGACGACGGUGAAGUUCCGUCCUCCGUCAUACGUAGGGACCUUGGGGAGAUCCCUGGAUGAGCUGGAGGAGACACUGAACAUGGAGAUGAAGAAUUUGCGCAAAGAUGUUGAACUGAAGAGGAUCCGGCAGUAUGAAGUAGAUGUGACUCUGGAUCCUGAUACAGCUCAUCCCAAGCUCAUCCUGUCUGGGGAUGGGAAACAAGUACAUGAUGGAGGUGUAGCGAAGAAACUCCCAGACAACCCUAAGAGAUUUACACAGAAAAUGUAUGUUCUCUCGAGGCAGUGCUUCUCCUCAGGGAGAUUUUACUUUGAGGUCCAGGUUAAAGACAAGACUGUAUGGUAUUUAGGAGUGGUCAGAGAGUCCAUCAACAGAAAACAUUGGUCCAUAAGGAACCCUGAGACGGGUUACUGGAUUCUCUCCUACGACAAGGGUGGGUUGUCUUUUAGAGAUAUCCAUCGUAUCCGUCUCCCUCUGAGAGCUGAGCUCCAGAAGGUGGGGGUGUUUGUUGAUUAUGAUGAGGGUGUGGUCUCCUUCUAUGAUGUGGAAGCCAGGGUUCAUCUCUACUCUGCUACCGGCUGCACCUUUAGUGGGCCUCUCUAUCCACUCCUCUCUACGUGUUCAUGUGAUGGAGGUAAAAACUCUGCCCCCCUGAUCAUCACACCUGUCAAUCAAACAGACUAGGACUUUUGUUUGAUAAUAAAAAUAAUCAAACAACCAAAAUAACUAAUGUUGUUUCCUGCAUGGGAAUCUCUACCAUGGGAGAUCUGAGAAAGCUGCAUUCAUAUUGUACUAUUCACUGUUUUUUAAAUACAACAAAAUGUAUUAAGCAAAUUACAUUGUGUACUGUAACAAAUAUAAAUCAUUUUAACUGGCUGGACUGGUCUUAAAUGUCUUUUUAUCUUAACGUUAGAAAUUAGGUUAGUUGAAGGUGU